AUUUAUUUAUUGAUAAAAACAAACAAAUCUCUUCAACCUCUCUCUCUCUCUCUCUCUCUCCCCCCAACGCCGCGUGAAACGAAAUGACGAACUACGGCUCGAUCCCGACGUCGUCUCACCCAUCUCCCCCCAUCGAUCUCGAGUACAUCUCACGCGCAAAACACCGCAUCAAAUCAGGUCUCGCCACGCGCCGCCCAUGGAAAACGAUGUUCGAUCUCCAAUCCACGAACCUCCCACACGGCUUCUUCGACGCGAUCUCGAGGAUCAAGACGAACCUCGUCUACUUCCGAGCCAACUACGCCGUCGUCGUCCUCCUCGUCCUCUUCCUGAGCCUCGUCUACCACCCGACCUCGCUCCUCGUCUUGGCCGUCCUGGUCGUCUUCUGGAUCUUCCUCUACUUCCUCCGCGACGAGCCUCUCGUGGUCUUCCGUCACCAGAUCGAUGAUCGGACGGUCAUGAUCUGCUUAUCGGUUUUGACGAUCGUGAUGCUUUUGUUCACGCACGCGACGGCGAAUGUUCUCGGGGCGGUGGCGACGGCUGUGGUGUUGGUUUUGGUACACGCGGCGGUUAGGAGGAGUGAUAAUUUGUAUCUUGAUGAGGAAGCUGCGGCCGCGUCGGAAGCUUCAGGGCUGACGUCAUAUCCAUAAAUAAAAACCAAUUUGUUAUUUUUUUUUUGUUUUGUUUAUGUUACUGUGUUUGAUUGAGGGACUUUGAAAACGUUCGUUUCUACUCUGUUCAAUUGUGUACAAUUUGUUCUAAUUUGUUUACUUCUCAUUCUCAAUGAUAAUCAUGAAGCAAGUGUAACGUUUCGAUUUUUAGUUAAGUGAUAUGUUAUGUAGAGA